AGAAGGGAAGGAGAGGGAAAACAGAAAAGAGAGUGUGUGUGUGUGAGUGCUGUGGAUUCAGAGUUGGGUGGGUCUUCAGCGUUUCUCAUUUCCCAAAUAACUCCCGGGCUGCGCGCAAAAGCAUUCAGAAGAGCACGAUGUUGAUAUUGGCUGGAAUAGUUCUCCUGCACUUAACCACCAUCAUCCUGCUGCUGGUGGCCACCAUCGACAAUGCCUGGUGGAUCACAGACACCGUGUCAACGGAUGUGUGGGGCAGAUGGGAGCUGACCAGCGGAGCCUGGCACUACACCAACCUGAAGAACUACCCAGAGGAGUAUCUCCAGGCGGUUCAGGCCACUUCAGUUCUGGCCUGCAUCUUUGCCAUCCUGGCCCUGUUUGUCUUUGUGGCGCAGCUCUUCACGCUCCCCAAAGGCCAGCGCUUCACCUUCACCGGCAUCUUACAACUCCUGGCCUGUCUGUGUAUAAUGAUCGCCGCCUCCAUCUACACGGCACAGUUCCACCUCAAUGAGCAAGGUGGAUACGGACACUCCUACGUCCUGGCGUGGAUCUCUUUUGUCUUCACCUUCCUCUUAGCUAUCACCUAUCUCGUCCUGCGGAAGAAGAGCGAGUAAAAACAAAAAAAAAGAAGAAGCAAAUCACUGCAUUUGUUUUCAAAUUCGGGCAUUAAAGCAAAAAAAAAAAAAGUGGAAUUUGUAUCUGAGAUUUGCUAAAGUUGCCAACGAGCCAUUUGUGUUGAAAUCGUGGGAUGUUCUAUGAAGUGGAUUAGAUGGUGGUUGUUCCUUUCAUUCAUUCUUAUAUUUUUUUAAGCUAUUGCAGUCAUUCCUUUUGUGUAGCUGGAGUUGCGUUUACCGAAAAACUUCUUACUAUUUUUGAGUAGAAUACAGUGUGAAGGCUGAUGAAGGAAGUAGAGUCCUGAAACACCUUUAUUUCACUUGUGUAUCUGUUUUUUUUUAUAACCAAAUAUAAUUGGUUUUGUUUUUCCUCGUCCAUGUACUAUGUAAUAUGUUGUAUAACAGUUUUUAAACAUGUAGUUGGCUGCUAUAACAAAGUACAGGCAAUGUUGAACAUGUGAACCCACAGUGAACCAGAGGUGGAGGACCUUUUGUCUGAUCAUUUAUUAGAUCUAUGCAGUAGAAGUUUUUAUCUGUAAUUAUUCUGGGAUUGAAGCCAUAUUACUUAUUAAUAAAAUAU